AUGGUUCUCGCUGUUGACCUUCUCCACCCCUCCCCCGAGGUUGAGGCUCGCACCUACAAGCUCAAGAAGAUUGUGCCCAAGCCCAACUCGUUCUUCAUGGACGUCAAGUGCCCUGGAUGCUUCCAGAUCACCACCGUCUUCUCGCACGCCUCCACCGUUGUCCAGUGCGGCUCGUGCGCCACCGUCCUCUGCCAGCCUUCCGGCGGCAAGGCCAAGCUCACUGAGGGCUGCUCUUUCCGCAGGAAGAACUAG